GAGCCCAGCCAGUGGCAGCGGCGUGGCCGGGGCCGCGCACUCGGGCCGCCGGAGGCAGGAGUGGGCCGAGCCGAGGAGGGUAGUCGUGACCCGCGCCGUGCAAAGCUCGAUCCCUUGCCUGUGACAGCUCCUGUGGAGGAAAGCAAGAGGGGAACGUUGCACAUCGGCUGCUGCACCUGUGCCCGCCGCAAUGAGAAGCUGCAUCAGAUUGUUUCGGAUCCCAAUCUGAUCCAUGCGUCCCAAUUCUCCCUCCCAACCUUCGCAGGCAGCCGAGAUGAAGUUGAAGCAUAACAUUAACCCUGUCCUCCUACAGUUUAUAAACUUAGUAAUCCUGGUGUAUACCUUUGUAACCUACAUUCCAUGGUACAUACUUUCAGGAUCCAGGCAGGCUAUAGCAAAAGCCAAGCAGGUUAAAGCCAGACCUGUGAAUAACAAGCCUGGGGCUGCAUACAGAUCUGUGAACAGCCUGCACUGCUUAGCUUCAGUUCUGUAUCCUGGCUGUGACACACUCGACAAGGUUUUUAAGUAUGCUAAAACAAAAUAUAAGGACAGGAAACUCUUGGGAACACGUGAAAUCCUUAAAGAGGAAGAUGAAAUCCAGCCCUCAGGCAAGGUUUUUAAAAAGGUCAUCCUUGGCAAGUACACCUGGCUGUCCUAUGAAGAUGUAUACAUUAAAGCUGUUAACUUUGGAAAUGGCUUAGCAGUGUUGGGUCAGCAGCCAAAGACUAACAUAGCCAUCUUCUGCGAGACCAGAGCGGAGUGGAUGAUUGCAGCACAGGCCUGCUUCAUGUGCAACUACCAGCUUGUUACUCUCUAUGCUACCUUGGGAGGCCCAGCAAUAGUACAUGGGCUAAACGAGACAGAAGUGACUACCAUCAUUACAAGUAAAGAAUUGAUGCAAACAAAACUGAAGGAAAUCGUUUCUCAAGUUCCGCUCCUGCGCCACAUUAUUACAGUGGAUGGGAAGCCAACAACGUGGUCUGAGUUCCCCAAGGGUGUCAUUGUCCACACCAUGGCUUCAGUGCAAGCCAUGGGGGCUAAGGCAGAUCCUGGGAACAAGCAGCAGGCCAGGCCUGCACCCUCGGACAUCGCAGUGAUCAUGUACACGAGUGGAUCCACAGGAGUUCCCAAAGGAGUCAUGAUCUCCCACUGCAACUUAAUUGCUGGCAUAACUGGAAUGGCUGAGAGGAUUCCAAGUCUGGGGGAAAAAGACAUCUAUAUUGGCUAUCUGCCUCUUGCCCACGUUCUGGAGCUGAGUGCUGAGCUGGUGUGUCUGUCUCAUGGCUGCCCCAUUGGUUACUCUUCACCUCAGACAUUAGCUGACCAGUCCUCCAAAAUAAAGAAAGGAAGCAAAGGUGAUGUUACCACCCUUAAGCCGACCCUAAUGGCAGCUGUUCCGGAAAUUAUGGACCGGAUCUACAAGAACGUCAUGAAUAAAGUGAACGAAAUGACCCCGUUCCAGCGCAACCUCUUCCUGCUGGCCUACAACUACAAAAUGGAGCAGAUUUCCAAGGGUUACACCACCCCACUCUGUGACAGCCUUAUUUUCAGGAAAGUCCGAAUGCUGCUAGGAGGGAAGAUUCGCAUCCUGCUCUGUGGAGGAGCUCCCCUCUCAGCAGCAACCCAGCGGUUCAUGAACAUUUGCUUCUGCUGCCCUGUAGGACAAGGAUAUGGACUAACAGAGUCAGCUGGAGCUGGAACCAUCACAGAAGUUUGGGACUACACUACAGGGAGAGUGGGAGCACCUUUAGUCUGUUGUGAAAUCAAGUUAAGGAACUGGGAAGAAGGUGGCUAUUACAACACUGAUAAACCAUACCCCAGAGGUGAGAUUCUGAUUGGAGGGCCAAAUGUGACAGUGGGCUACUACAAAAAUGAAGCUCGAACCAAGAAAGACUUCACCGUUGAUGAGAACGGGCAGAGGUGGCUCCACACUGGAGACAUUGGAGAGUUUCAGCAUGAUGGAUGUCUGAAAAUCAUUGAUCGCAAGAAAGACCUUGUAAAGCUCCAGGCAGGAGAAUAUGUUUCUCUGGGCAAAGUAGAAGCAGCUCUGAAGAGCCUUCCUUUGGUAGAUAAUAUUUGUGCAUAUGCAAGCAGUUUCCAUUCUUAUGUCAUUGGAUUUGUUGUGCCAAAUCAAAAGGAGCUUGCAGAACUAGCUCGAAAAAAAGGAUUUAAAGGAACUUGGGAAGAGAUCUGUAACAGUCCUGAGAUGGAGAAGGAGGUGCUGAAGGUGCUGGCUGAGGCUGCCAUGGCAGCUAACCUGGAGAAGUUUGAAAUACCAGUGAAAAUCCGUUUGAGCCCUGAUCCUUGGACCCCUGAGACUGGCCUGGUGACGGACGCGUUCAAGCUGAAGCGCAAGGAGCUGACAGCCUACUAUCAAACGGACAUUGAGCGAAUGUAUGGCAAGAACGGCAAAUAGCUCCCUUCUCUCUCUGCUUUUUGUGUCCUCCUGCACCACUUGGCUGCAACGAGCUUGGAUCAACUAGGAAAUACUUGAAUUGCCUGUCUCGACACUUGAGAGCCACACACAGACCCCACCGUUUCUCAGCGGCAGCUUGAGCUCUUUCCGAUGCCGUCGCCGCCACAGCUGGCGACUUUAGCAGAACCUUCCAGCAGCAAAUUUGUCUCUCCUCUCCUUUUUUUCUCUGCUACCUUCUCAGCCUGUGGACCUUUCCCCGAGUCUUUUUGGAAAACCAUGAUUCUGAAGCCUCAAGUUUUUCAACAUUUAUAAAUCCUGUACAAUGUUUUCUUUGUAUCUUUGAUGUAAAUAGAGAGAACCUGGCUACGUACAUAAGAAAUGGUUAUACUGGGGGCCUUUUUCUUCUUCUUGAACUGAUUAUUUGAAGCUAAGGAGGUCUUGGUGUGCUGACAUUCUGAAAACACUUGUGAGGAGAUCAUUAUGGAUCAGAGGACCAGGAAUUUUGCUGCUGCUGUGCUGUUUUUCUCUCUGAAUCCAAGGGACGACACAUUUGGUGUUCCAGCUUGUGUCAGUUUGUGCCUAAGGCUUGCUGUGAUUUUCAGCUGGGACAGAAAAGCCACUUGUGGCACAGCUCUGCAUAAGGACAGAUACUCUUGGAGGUGUUAGUUAAAGCUUAAUACAAAGGGUACUGUUAACACAGCAGAUGUGGAACCUACAAAUCAUCCCUUGAACUUCAGCUCACAACCAUUUCAUCCCAUAGUUGAGUUGCCUAGAGCUAAUAUGAACACCCAGCGCUGAUUUCACUGAACACUAAGUCUGAUAGCAUCCUUUUGGCAGAAAGACUCUGACAGUUUUGGUCUUUUUCUCAUUAAAUUUGGAUGUUACACUGAGUUUGCUCUUUUGGUGGUGGUGGGAGCCUGGCAAGACCCUUGUUCUGCCCUAGCUGCAACCCAAAUUGUACUGGCGGGGGAUUUUUAACGUCAUAAUGACAGUUAUGUUCUCAGCUCACACGGUGCCUAGCUGCCCUUUGUGCCAUUAAAAAUCUCCCUUUCAUGCUUUCCUUUAGCAUUGUUUUGCUUUGAAAGCAGAGAUUUGAAGCAUUUCUCAGCCAGAGUUAUUUAUGUUCUUCACAGAGAGAGUGAGUGGCGUUGGAAUGGGCUGCCCAGGGAGGUGGUGGAGUUGCCAUCCCAGGAGGCAUUGAAGCAAAUCCUGGCUGGGGCCCUUAGUGCCAUGGUCUGGUUGAUUGGCCAGGGCUGGGUGCUAGGUUGGACUGGCUGAGCUUGGAGGUCUCUUCAGCCUGGUUGAUUCUGUGUCACUUGGUUUGUUGCACUCAGUUCUUACUUGGGGACAGUCUGAAUUUCAUUUUUACUGUAGGUGCAUGAAUGUUGUCCGAGAAUCUCUGGGGAAUCUUUUCUCCCUUGGCGAGAGCGUUUAGAUUUCAACUCUGAGCUUUCUUUUCAGAAAGAAGAUUUGAAUCAGGGUUACAGGAGAAUGUGAAGAAGCAUACACCAGUCAGCAUUGUGAUGGAGCACAUAGUAAAAUGGCUUCAAUUUGGGGAUUUCUCCCUCCUGUAUCAUUUACUUGGAGUAAUAAAAAUCAGGGUCUUGAUAUGGGCAGAACUUACCCUGCUGUGGCAGCAGAACUUACCCUGCUGUGGCAGCAGAACUUACCCUUCUGUGGCAGCAGAACUUACCCUGCUGUGGCAGCACAUCGUGGUUCUGAAGCAAGAGCUUUGUUUGGGGGAGGCAGUUCCUGCUGCUUCACUUCUGAUGUGGGGGUCUGGGGAGAUGUCUGAUAAAUUCUCCUUUGACGUGAACCUGGAAUACUGUUUUAUUUAACUCUUCCCACUGAUGACAGAAGCCAUUUCCAUGGGAACUGGAAGUUACCAUGUAGGGUCUCUACACUUUAGUGUUGACGAGGUGCUGGGAAGGUUUGUGCUGUGCUUUCUGUUCCAUCGCCAUCUCUCCCACUACUCCUGCAUCUCCCUGCUGCCGUCCGUGACAAACUGGUACCGCCUGGUGAAUUUUGGUGUAGCUCCAGCUAGCCAAAUGGAAAUACAAGCCACAAAAAGAAGUGAAUGCCUUCAGGUACCUAAUUCUGAAAUGAAAGCUUUGUGGCAAAAGGUGGUAAGAUUCAUGUUGGGAAGUGAGUGCAGAAUGUGAAGUUAGCAGGGAAGUGUCACACCCUGCGGCAGAUGUUGCUGAUGCUUCAUUGUCUCUGCGUUCCAUCAACAGGUUCUUAAACAGUCAGCACUCAGCACAGGCUGUACAUGGUCCAGCUACUUUCUGGUGAUGUUUCAUGCAAAGCAGUGAGCUGUUGGCAUAUCCUGUGUCUCCCUGGGUGCAUUGUGCAGCAGAGUGAAGGCAGUAAAUCUGCUUUCCGUUACUUUGGAGGGAAUCUGGAGCUUGCAUUUUUUUUUUCUUCCACUGAGGAUUUAAAUCCACUUUUGGAUAAAAGGCAGAAAUUAAAUGUUCAAAAUGCAUUUGGAAAUGGUAGUUUUAAUUUUUCUUCUGAUCCAGUCACCAGAUUGGGUUGCAAAAUCUUAACUGCAUUCAACUCUUUUGCAGUUCAGUUGUUUUAUAUUUCAAGUGGACAUCCUUCUGGACAGUUCCUCAUCCCUCUGGACAGUUCCUCCUCCUUCAGGCAUCAAAUUCAGUGUGGACAUUUAUUUCUUCCACAGAAUGUGAAAAUAAAGCAGUUCAUUGAUUUUUAGGCUUGGUGCUGGAGCUGGGAAGACUUUUAAAACACUUGUGUGGGUUUAAAGUGCUUGUGGUAAGUCUUUUUCUUCUGAUUUAUCACAAAAGAGACUUUUAAUACUGGGGAGUACUAAGGUAGUACCUUUAAUACAGGUAGAUCCCUUUGUCCUGUUGAGGCCACCAGUUCCAUGGAUGCUCACCACGUUUCUUACUGACCUCAUUAAUCAAGGCUGUCAUGGGGCAGUGAGUCCCAGUUGUGCUUCAGAGGUUGGGUUUCCUUGCUCUGGGAAUCUCAUUCUUGCUCUGCCCAGCAGAUCCUUUUGGUCGCUGCUGUAUUCUCACCCUGUGCUCUUACCUUGCUGAGCAGAGACACAAAGCCUAGGGGAGUCUGAAACCCUGCCAAGAUGCACUGCACUCCAGCCAGGAACUUACUGCCUGGUCUCUCUCCUUGUUUUUGUGUGUCUCCAGGUGCCCAGUGACAGAGGUCCCUGCUGGGGUGUGUUGGAUGUAUCCCAGGGGCUCGUGGGCAGGUGUAAAUGAGGAGUGCAUGUGGCAUCACGUGGGGAAUUCUGUCAUGGGAAGAGGGACAAGUCUUUUAAGAGUCUUCCUGAGCUCACACUGAGAAGGAGCAAAUACCUCACCCAAAGGGGAGGAUUUUUUGAGAGAGUAAAUACAGGGCAGGUGUCACUGCUGGGAUGUGCCCCAAAAACUGGGGACUGCUGUAAAUGAGAAGUGUGUGGUUGGGGUUGAUAAUCUUCACCAUGUGGGGAAUUCUGUAAUGCAAAGAGCUGUGACUUCUAAAGAGUCUUUCUGAGCUCACAAGAAGAACAAGGAGCAGAGAGCUCACCCAAAAGGGGAGCAUUUGUAACAAAGCUUUGGUAAAUACACGUUUUCCAGGACUCUGAAUCGUUGGAAGUAGAACUGCUGUGAGAGCUGUUGUAAGAGCUUACUGGUUACAGUAAAGGACUGACCAAGACAUUCCAAGGAAGCUGCAAGUCUCCUUUAAAUACAGACAUUCCUGCAGAUAUUCCCAAGCUUCAAGCUCAAGUCCAUCAAGAUGUUGUAAGUGUUCUUUGCAGAGAACAGCAGUUCUGGAGUAGGUUAGGAUGGAAAAAUGAAGCUGUCAGACAAAACCUGGCAAGCUCAGUGAUGCUGCUACAGCAGUUCCUGCACGAGCAGGACCAUACCUCAGUGGGCAGCUGCGUCUUGGAAGGGAAAGAUUUUGCUGCAAUGAAAGCAAAAAAGCAAUGUGCAACUGAAACGAAGACCAUAAAUGCUUCCCUACAUCCUCCUGGGGGUAGAGAUAGAAUGCAGAGGGUGUGGAGUUGAAGCACACCUUAAAGACAUCUGGCAAAGCUUGUAAGUUUAGGCAGAAAUUGCUGUUGGGUGAAGAUUCCUUCACAACAGUUGUUUUCCUGCUCAGGUUCCCAAGCUUUUAUUCCCUGCUAAAACUACAUUUGGGUGACUCCAUGCAGCUUGUUUUGUUUUUUUUUAUUCAUGUGAUGUAUUAACAGCUUUGGACUCAGUACAAAUCAUCUCUUCACCAGCAGGUGGAACAGUCUUGGGUACACCUUGGACCAGGCCAAAACACAAAUGGAAUGAGCAGCUGUGUCUUGGUGUAAUUGCUUAUUUAACCUGAACUCAUUCUCAGUGUGCUCCUGGUCGUUGCUAUGAACUGCCUGAACAUUGUCUGUCCUCCUUGAGUUCUGUUGUAUGGAUUAUUUAUUUGUAACUGGGUAUCAUGGUUCAAAACCAAUAAAAUUAAUUUCACACGUU